AAUUCUUCCGUCGAGCCUAUCAGCGAAAUUCCAUCCAUACAGGCCAUCAUGGUUACUACUCAGGUUCAACAGGGGCUUAAUGCUCCCUUGAUGGAUUUGCCUGCCUCUGAUGAUUACCAAAACGAUAUUCCUUUCAAACUGACGUCAGUAUUGCCAGCCGAAUUACCAGCAAAUGAUGAGGCUCAGGUAAUGUGGAGAUCUGGGCAAUGUGUCUCUCCAGAACCCGAGCGUGAACCCUUUCCGUCCUCGAGUCAGCCCAAAUGUCUUCCAGAGGUAGACGAGGAAAUUCAGUUGAAGGAUGAGAUGUGCUAA